CUUCGUUGUAAUACUUGACUGUUUAUAAACGGAAUUGAAAAUGGAGAUAAGAACAGGAGCUUCUCGCCCGAAGACAGCGGGUCUCGAAUAUCAACUAAAAGGAGGCCAGGAUGAACAUCAACAUCUGUCGUCUUCUUCUAGACUAUCAGGACCGAUACGAUAUGGGAAAUAUGAAAUGCAACGCAAUCUAGCGAAAGCCAUUCAAGCAAGCGUGAUGAAUCUAGUAGAAGAACUGCCAUUUAAUGAAAGUGAAAUACCCGACCUUCUCAUCCAAGAAGGCUGCAUUACAGAGGACGAAUGCAAACAAAUACGUGAAAAAACAGACAGGAAGACUCAAGUUAGAAAGCUAAUAGUUUUGAUAAAAGGGAGAAGUUAUGAAACAAUGAAAAUCUUUUUGGAUAGUAUAAAACAUUUUUGUCGUGAGACGGUUGAGAAUAUUUGGAAACAAUACAAUGAAUUGAUGAAAGGCAAUACAAGAGGUCACAAAUGUCCUACUUGUGAACUGAAAGAGAAUGUAGAUAUUAAAUAUGUAAUAGAUUAUCUAUAUGCAAAAGAUGUUCUUAAAACUCAUUUAUUUGAUGAGAUAAGUGACAGUAACAAUAAAGUAGGCGACCAAAAUCAUCUUUGGGAAAAAGUUCUACAAGCGUGUAUCGGAAGCAAUUUCAAGCAUCUGGUGGACAGUUUGGAAGUAAAAGGACGUUACAGUCACAUUGCAAAGUCAUUAAAAGCAUACUACAGAGGCGGUUUCCAAGAUCCAAUUUGUUUAUGUUCUAGCGACGGAUUUAGUCAUAUUAGUGCACUAACCGCCAAUUUUGAUGCAAAUGAAAGUUCCGCUACCUAUUCACCAGAAAGCACAUGUACUUCAGCAUCUGACCCGGAUACUGAAGUGGAAAGUUUAUCUGACGAAAACACGUCGCUGAAGCGUCCGUUCUUAUCCAAUAGUUCUAGUACUGAGACUAUUUCUGUAAAAGAUAUAGAAAAUAUGACUAACAUUGACAUACCGAGUGAUUUCGAUUACAUCUUCAAGACAAGAUCAGAGGUAGGCAACGAUACUGAAGAAAACACGGAUAUGACGCGUAGUGCAAGUGCGCUAAGUAUAGAAACUCUCGUAGAAAACAGCAGCGUGCAUUCAUUUGUUCCUGUUGCAGAGGAUGACAACCAAGAGUUAGAAGAUGAUCAUGAAUACCUAAUCCCAGAGGAUGAGCUUGGCAACCAAACCACAUUUGAAAUAGAAUCACAUAGGUCGCUAGACGAGUCACCAACUUGCCCCUGCUUUUGUUUUAAACGUUGUAAGCAAAGAAGCGAUAUCCCAUUUCAAAAUUUAUGACGCAAAGAACAAAACUAGAAACAAAAAUAAGACUCCGAUUGCAGUGUUACAGAAUAAAGUCCGUACAAGAGGAGCAGAAUAGGACGUCCGCACAAGGUAUAUUUAUAUUUGGAUUGCAGAAGUAUAAGAGUAUCGAAAUUUGACUCCAUUACAAGAGCAACGUAAUGAGACUUCCGAACAAGAGGGGCAGAAUAAGACUCCAGAAUAAGAGGGGCGGAAUAUAACUUCAUUAUAAGUCUAGCGAAUUAAAACACCAGUACAAGAGGAUCGAAAUAAGACUCCAGUAUAUGAGGAGCGAAAUAAGACUCCAGUAGAAGAGGAGCGAAAUAAGACUCCACCAUGAAAUUAGCGGAGUAAGACUCCAGAAAAAGAGUAACGAAAUAAGACUCCAGUACUAGAGGGAACCGACAAUUCUGUCAGAGUUGUUCAAAAUAUGGAAAUACAUUCUGAAGAGUUGCUUCUGUUUAUCUUCGGAUUGCUGACUGUCAAAACCCUUUACAUUGAAAUGGAGUUUAUUUGAAGCAUUUUACUGUUUUGCCAUUAUAAAUUUAUCAAUAAUAUUAUUAUAUUACAUGUUCUUACAUUAAAAUCUAUAAUAUCUAACUUCCGUGUGAUCCGUGUACAAAUAAGUAACAGUAUACAAUAAUCAUAAUAGUGAAUAAUAGUUAUCUAAGUUUGCUUGAAUCUUUCUGUUUAAUUUCAGUGUUGUUAUAUUUUCUGGUCCUUCAGGAUCAUUGAUUUCAACCCAUUUAGAUUAGAAGAUUAAAUACUGCUUAAGCCGGUGCUAGGGGGCGUGGGCAGCGUUGUAUUUUCCAUAACUGCUCAUGAACAGACUCAAUCAAACCGAGUCUGAAAUUAUCAUUGUUUGCCUUGUUCUCGAUGCUUCCGAGGGAUCUACUUUCAAGAUUUAUUUUUAUUUAUAUAUCAUGAGCAAUCCAAGUACACAAUAGCUCAUACUAAGCCUCAAUAUGUUCAUGUAAGUAAUAUUCGCUUCUAGUUACUAAAUGUAAAAUUAAGAAAUAAUAAGUUCCCAAGUGUGGUUUAUCGUAGAAUAACCCGAAAACGAAAAACUCGGAUUAUUCUACAACAGAUCACAUUUGGGAACUUGUUAAUUCAAUUCUAACAUGACAUAACUAGUAUCAACAGUGUUAAAAAUGGUAACUACUUUUUAUGACAUGAACUACACGUGCUUCGCUCCUGGAUCAUUCUGUACUAUUCUAGAGGAUGACGUCACUACCUUGCACGUGCAUGGGUUAUCGCAAAAUAACUGUUGAUUGAUUUUCUACCAUGUGUAUAUAGGUUAUUUGCUGGUCGUGUUAGAAUUAAGAAUAUUUUUUUUAUAAUAAUACUAUUCAUGUUUUAAGAAAUAAUAUCUCAGUGGUUAUCAGAAUGUUCAGCAUAUCUACCAAUGUUUCAGUAUAAUGUACAUUGCUGUAAUGUCACCAGAGACUAUGUUUUACAAUAUAAUUUGUUUAUAAUAUUGCA